AUGAUUGACCUUGCUAAACAAGGAGAUGAAGAAACAAUAAACAGCUGGAUAACGGUGAGUAAAUUUUUUAAAUUUCCCAUGGCUUCAAUUUGCACUAUGAUUGCAUUCGGGGCCUAACCUCCUCCACACACUCACAUAGCGUAAACUAACAUGGGGAUGAGGCUGCUGACAGUGUGUUUAACCCUUUGAACCCUAAGAUCAAAAUUUGAAUUCUCAUUUGUUGCCUCUAUUCAUUUCCCACAGAAGUAGGUGGGAGAAGUUGAAAAAAUAUCAAGCAAAUUCAUCUUGUGUGAUCAUGUCUGUAAUUCUCAUGACCACUCUGUUUAACAAAGCACUGAUAUUACAAGGAAAAAUUUGAUGCUGAUCACUCUUAGGCUGAAAGGGUGAAUACAGGUCUAUUUUACGGAAAAUACGGGAGGACUUGUGUCUGCUUAAUAAGGGUUUGUCUUGAUACAGGAUUUUUUUUGGUGAUCUUCUAGAAAAAAGAGUUGAUCCCCAAAGUGUUUGGCCACCUUUUGCCUCGUUAUGAAGACAAGGUGAGUGGCUACACAAAGGUGUACAAAAUACCUCCACGCAAAGCAGAUACUGCCAAGAUGGGAAUUGUGGAAUUUGUUGGAAAUGAACUUCCUCCUCUACUGCCGUCAGAUGAUGAACUAAGAAAACUCCGUCUAGAAAAACUGAGAGACUUGAGUAGAAAAGGAAUUCCUAUCAGUGGAACACCAGUGUAA